AUUCUUGCUCUUUGUGUGACUGAGCAUACCCCAGAAUGGCCUAUUCCGUGAUGCGUGCAGCCGAGCUUGCGGCCUUGCUUCGCGCUCCCAAGCUCGCAGGCGAACCUACACCCAAGUUUGUUGUCAUCGAUGUUCGCGACCACGACUUUCAGGGUGGCAACAUUGCAGGCUGUGUCAAUGUGCCGUCCGCGACCAUCAGCAAGGCCAUCGACGAGCUGGUGGAGCAGUAUGGUCAGCACGACAUGGUCAUCUUUCACUGCAUGUACAGUCAACAACGGGGACCCUCCUGCGCAAAGUAUUUCGCAAGGAACCUGGAUGCUCGGAAGCACCUGGCACAAGUGUACUGCCUCGAGGGAGGCUUUCGUAGCUGGGCGCAGCAGUUUGGCCGGGAUUCGAGUUUGACAGCCAACUUUGAUCCUGAUGCUGCUUUUGAUUGAUUGAUGGAUGGAUGGAUGCACAAGGCAAGCUUGCAAAUGAUAAUCUGAAAUCCAAAAAAACAAAAACAACGACGCGACACACCAC